AUGCUGCCGGGGCCGGAGCUGGCGGAGACGCAGCCGGAGCCGGAGCUGGCGGAGACUCAGCCGGAGCUGGAGCUGGCGGAGACGCAGCCGGAGCUGGAGCUGGCGGAGACGCAGCCGGAGCCGGAGCUGGCGAAGACGCAGCCGGAGCUGGAGCUGGCGGAGACUCAGCCGGUGCUAGAGCUGGCGAAGAUGCAGCCGGGGCCGGAGCUGGCGGAGACGCAGCCGGAGCCGGAGCUGGCGGAGACUCAGCCGGAGCUGGAGCUGGCGGAGCCGGCUGAGCAGGCGGCGGCGCCGACGUACUCGUGGGCGAGUCUCCCGCGUGAUCUCAUGGCUGGUCUGACUGUUGGCACCAUGCUCAUUCCGCAGGGUCUGGCGUAUGCCAAACUGGCGUCGCUACCGCCAAUUGUUGGCCUGUACUCGUCGUUUGUGCCGAUUCUGAUGUAUGGCAUGCUCGGCCAAUCGCCGCAUCUGGCACACGGGCCUGUGGCACUUGUGUCGCUGAUGGUGGGCGAGGCUGUGGAGGCGGAGGCUGCGCUGCUUGCUGACGCCGCCGAUGACACGGAUGCGUUCCGGCUGGGCGUGGCGGCGCUGAUGGCUCUGAUUGCCGGUGCGGUGCUGAUGAUCAUGGGUGCGCUGUCUGCCGGACCGCUGCUCAACUUUCUCUCGCACCCUGUGCUUGCCGGGUUUACCUCUGCGGCGGCGAUCAUCAUCGGAGCGUCGCAGCUGAAGCACGUGUUUGCGGUCGAUGUGCCGUCAGACUCGGUGCCGGGCAAGAUUGUAGACGUGAUCAGCAGGUGGGACGAUAUCAACUGGUGGGCGGUGCUUGUGGCGAGCCUGGCGUUUGCAGCCCUGCUUGUCUUCAAGUUUUCCGGGCGGCGGUGGUCGCAGAUCAAGCUGGUGCCUGGCGUUGUGGUUGUCGUCAUUAUCUCAAUUGCGAUUGUCUGGGGUGCGCGGCUGGACAAGGAGAGCUCUGCCGACCUCAAGAUUGUGGGAGUCAUUCCGUCUGGCCUCUCGAUUGCGGCGUGGCCGUCGUUUGAUUGGGACAUUUUCCUGCGGUUGGCGAUCAAGGCAGCGCUGGUGGCGCUGGUCGGAUUCCUGGAGACGGCGUCGGUGGGCAAGGCCUUUGCCAACAAGUAUCAGUACGAGUUUGACGCGAACUUGGAGCUGUUUGCGGUCGGUGCGGCGAACAUGGUUGGCGCUUUCUUUUCAUCGUAUCCGACGGUGGGUGGCUUCUCGCGGACGGCGGUCAACGCGGUGGCCGGCGCGCGGACGCAGGCUGCGGGCUUGGUGUCUGCGGUGCUGAUGGGCGCGACUCUGCUCUUUCUCACGCCGCUCUUUGAGUAUCUGCCCAACGCGGUCCUGGCCGCCGUCAUCUUGGCUGCUGUCACCUCGCUCUUUGAGAUCAAGGCUGCCAAGCACCUGUGGGCCGUCUCCAAGCCGGACUUUGUGGUCAUGUCUGUGACCUUUGUGGCCACGCUCGUGUUCGGCAUCGAGUACGGCAUUCUCAUUGCGGUUGCGUUCUCGCUGGCGGUCUUUGUCAAGCAAGCCGCACAUCCGCACGCUGCGGUUGUCGGCCGGAUCAAGGGCACGUCGGUCUGGCGCAACGUCAACCGGUACUCUGGGCUGGAGGUGACACGUGGGCUGCGUGUAUGGAGGAUGGACGCGCCGCUGUUCUUUGGCAACGCGCACUGGUUUGUCGAUGCAGUCAAGGGUGUGGUCCGAGACGAUGGCGAUGGCGAAGCGCUAGCGGCGACGGCAGACUCGGCGACAAGCUCGACGGCGUCAGAGGAGAGCGAUGAGGAGUCGGUCUCGGCCGACGCGCCGCGGACUCGGCUGCCGGGCGGGCCGGUGACCAAGCUUGUUAUCGACAUGUCGGGCGUGGCCUCGAUCGACGCGACCGGCAUAGAGGCGCUGGUGGAGGUCAUCGAGUGGCUGGCGAGCGAGAGCGUUGCUCUCAGCCUUGCAGCUGUCCGUGGCCCGGUCCGUGAUGCAUGGCGCAACGAGGCCACGGGCCUCCUGAGUGUCUUUGACAUCGACGAGCACGCCUAUCUCGACGUCAGCUCUGCCGUUGAGGAUAUCAAGACCCUCUCAUCCUGCAACGCAUGCUGGGAGGAGAAGGCUUCCAGCGAGUUCUCCAAGGCCCAGUGGAAGAAGCCUGUUCGGCGCUGCAAGGUCUGCAUCGACGCCGGGGCGCCCACCACCGACGCCCCCCCUGCUGCGGCUGCCCCCGCAGCUGACGGCGGCGACGACGUUCAGGAGCAGGUCAAGGCUGAGGCUGAUGCCGAGGCUGCCGCAAAGGCCGCAAAGGCUGAGGCCGAGGCAAAGGCCGAGGCCGAGGCAAAGGCUGAGGCCGAGGCAAAGGCCGAGGCCGAGGCAAAGGCCGAGGCCGAGGCAAAGGCUGAGGCCGAGGCAAAGGCCGAGGCCGAGGCAAAGGCCGAGGCCGAGGCAAAGGCUGAGGCCGAGGCAAAGGCAAAGGCUGAGGCUGAGGCUGCCGCAAAGGCAAAGGCUGAGGCCGAGGCAAAGGCUGCCGCAAAGGCAAAGGCUGAGGCUGAGGCUGAGGCUGCCGCAAAGGCAAAGGCUGAGGCUGAGGCUGAGGCUGCCGCAAAGGCCGAGGCUGAGGCUGCCGCAAAGGCGGCGGCAGCAGCAAAGGCAAAGGCUGAGGCUUCGGCCAAGGCAGAGGCAGAGGCCGCCAAGGCGGCGGCGGCUGCAGAGGCUAAGGCUGCUGCAGAGGCCAAGCAGGAGGAGGAGGAUGCCAAGGCCGCCGCCGCCGCCGCAGAGGCGGAGGCCGCCGCAGAGGCGGAGGCCGCCGCCGCUGCAGAAGCAGAGGCUCAGGCUCAGGCUCAGGCUCAGGCUGAAGCCGAGGCCGCCGCCAAGACGCUUGCCAACGACCACGCCGCCGCCCAGGCCGCUGCUGCAGACGCCGCCGCCGCCGCAGAGGCCAAGGCCGCCGCAGACGCUGCUGCAGACGCUGCUGCUGCAGACGUUGCUGCCGCCGAGGCUGCUGCAGAUGCUGCCGACGACGCUGCCGCCGAGGCCGAAGCCGAUGCUGCAGACGCUGCCGAGGUGCAGGCUGCUUCCGAGGAAGCAGCUGGCGCCGCGGCGCUGGACGCGGCUGUAGCGGGCGAGGAGGCGCAGGAGGCGGCGGCGGAAGCCGUCGAGCACCACCGUGGGCACCGAGUCAAGGUCAAGAAGCACCGGCGGAAGGCCAAGCACGAGGCAGACGUUAGUGACGAGGCCGCCGCCGGCGCGUCGACCGGGCCGGUUGUGCCCGACGGCCUGCCGCCGGCCGAGGCUGCACAGUACCAGGCGUACCUGGACGCGGCGGCGACCAAGGACUUGUCGCACUUUGACGAGCUCAACAUCCUGUACUCGAUCGGGCGCGAUGCCAAAGACCACGUCGUCCUUGUCUUCCUCGCCUGCCAGCUUCCCAAGUUUGACGCCGAUCUGUACUCGGACCUCUUCCUGUACAUCCACUGGAAGCUGGCCACCGAGGUCGCUACCUCGAGCUACAAGCUCGUCUACGUCCACUCGGGCAUGACCAACACGCCCAAGUUCUCGUGGAUCAAGAAGGUCUACUCGCUCUUCUCGCGCACCUUCAAGAAGUCGCUCCGCACCCUGUACAUUGUUGAGCCGUCGUUCUGGCUCAAGAACAUCAUGCGCAUGAUGCGCCCGUUCAUCUCGUCCAAGUUUGUGGCCAAGCGCCGCUACGUGCCCACCAUUGCCGACCUCUUCACCAUCUACGACCCGGCCCUCCUCGCUCUCCCUGACGCCAUUGUCCCGCCGGGCGCCACUCCGGCCCCGCGUCCGAAGCGCUCCUCCUCCUCCGCCGCCAAGAAGCGCAAGUCCAAGCGCCGCUCCGACCGCGCCGCCGCCUCUGACACCGCAACGCCCGACGACGCCAACCCCUCGGUCCCCCGCCGCUCCUCCUCUCUCAACGUCGACGCCAUCUCUGCCGCCCGCGAUGCCGCCGCCACCGAUCCCACUGCCGAACCCGCCACCGAGCCCGCCACCGAGCCGACCGACGCAUAA